AUGGCGAGGAAACCGGUGAAGAGAGCAGUUUCGUCUGCCCGAAACACAAGCAGCGCUGUCGAGUCGCGCACCAGACGUACAUCCUCAAGAAUAGCAAAUGCUGCCACGAACAGAGCCACCUAUGGAAGUGGUAUACCUCCGCCCCCUGAUGGGAAUUGGCAAGAUUAUGACGCUGGUGUAAGAAUGGGUAUGAGCACGGCUCAGGCUGCCAGGGAUGGUACGCAAAUCGAGGUCGCGAUUCCUGUCAAGAAGAUGCCUUCCUCUGGCGACUCAUCUCCAGUCUCUGCAGGCGAGACCUCUGGAGCUGGGACGAAUGGAUACGACACGCCGGCUACCAGCGUUACUGGGACACCCGGAUUUCCAGUCACGAAUAAUGAGACCAAAAAGCGUGUCAGUGCCUCAGCCCGUGCUCGAGAGCUUCGAUCAAGUACAUUUUCCCUGCAGAAUGCAGCGAAGAACUUGAAGCGAGAUGCUGCUAGCCUCCUGGAUGAUCACUCUACGAUAGAAAGCUCGGAUGCAGCACUAGCCCGUUCCCUACAGCUCGAGGAGUAUCAGGCACCCGACGUGAAGCGGAGGAAGACCUCCCGUACCAAUGAUACAUCGGCUCUGGAGAUAAUGGAUUCUCACGAGUCGCUGGCACGGAGCAGCGGCGAGAAACGAGCCCUUCGAUCUAGGGUCAUCCCAGAUAGUGAAGAUUCAUCGCUCUCAGACCUAGAUGACGUAGCUGCUCGUCUUGGACCUGAUCUCGAGGACGAGUUAGAAGAUACCUACGAGGAUUCCUCUGAAGCAAGUGACGAUGAUGAGUCGUCUUCGGCUUCUGCGGAUGAUGAAGUUCCAUUGGCAUCCCGCUCGCCUGGAACCAGGCGACAGGCGGCUAGACAGACUAGAGCAAGAGGUGCGAGGGCUGGCGCAGCUUCUGAGCGGACUUCUGCGCCAUCAUGGAUGAGUCGUCGGGCUCUGAGGGAACGCAAAAAGCUCGAGAAGCAGCAUCCAUCUGUUGUUACAAUGUGGGAUGACUUGAAGAAGGACCCUCCCAUCACACCGGUUCCAGCGCAACAGCCUGCCGGGAUCUCUCGACAACUGAAGUCUUUCCAGCUUGAAGGUUUGGAUUGGAUGAUCCGGCAGGAAAAGACGCAGUACAAGGGCGGUUUGCUCGGCGAUGAAAUGGGAAUGGGAAAGACUAUUCAGGCGGUAUCGCUGCUGAUGUCGGAUUACCCCGCUGGCCGGCCGUCUCUAGUCAUCGUGCCCCCAGUUGCAUUGAUGCAGUGGCAGUCAGAAAUCAAGGCAUAUACCGAUGGCAAGUUGAAGGUCCUUGUCUACCAUAAUUCGAACCCGAAGGUGAAGCUGUUGAGCAAGUCCGAGCUGGAAGAAUACGAUGUGAUUAUGAUCUCAUACUCGGGCCUUGAAUCUAUGCAUCGAAAGGAACUCAAAGGAUGGAAUCGAAAUGACGGUAUUUUGAAGGAAGAUAGCGUCAUACAUUCGAUCCAUUUCCAUCGUCUUAUUCUAGACGAGGCACACAGUAUUAAGCAACGCACCACAAGUGUGGCCCGCGCCUGCUUUGCCUUGAAGGCGAAUUACAAAUGGUGCUUGUCUGGUACCCCGGUGCAGAACCGUAUUGGAGAAUUCUUCUCUCUUCUCAGGUUUCUCGAAAUUCGUCCAUUUGCCUGUUACUUCUGCAAGCUAUGCCCAUGCCAGGAGCUGCACUGGUCCCAGGAUAAGGAGAAGAGAUGCACUCACUGCAAGCACAGUGGGUUUAGUCACGUUUCGAUCUUCAACCAGGAAAUCCUCAACCCUAUCACGGAACGGAACAGCCCUACCGCUAGGAAAGAAGCUCUGCAAAAGCUGCGCCUGAUAACGGAUAGGAUUAUGCUGAGGCGGGUGAAGAAAGACCACACAUCAUCGAUGGAGCUCCCACCCAAGCGUGUGAUCAUCCAUAAUGAAUUUUUCGGGGAGAUUGAACGAGACUUCUCUAGUAGCAUCAUGACCAACACCACCAGGCAGUUCGACACAUAUGUGAGCAGGGGUGUUAUGCUUAAUAAUUACGCCAACAUUUUCGGUCUCAUCAUGCAGAUGCGCCAGGUUGCGAAUCAUCCGGAUUUGAUCCUCAAGAAACAUGCGGAGGGAGGUCAGAAUGUCCUCGUCUGCUGCAUCUGUGAUGAACCAGCAGAAGAAGCAAUCCGGUCUCGCUGUCAUCACGAAUUCUGCCGCCAGUGCGCGAAGAAUUAUAUCAAUUCGUUCGAUGCCGGCACGACUGUGGACUGCCCCAGGUGCCACAUUCCGCUUUCUAUUGAUUUUGAACAGCCUGAUAUAGAACAGGAAGAGGAGAACGUGAAGAAGAACUCGAUCAUCAACCGGAUCCGUAUGGAGGAAUGGACGUCCUCGACCAAGAUCGAAAUGCUUGUCUACGACCUGUACAAGCUCAGAAGCAAGAAACAAACCCACAAAUCGAUUGUUUUCUCCCAGUUUACCUCUAUGCUACAGCUUGUCGAAUGGCGUCUCCGUCGGGCUGGCUUCAAUACUGUCAUGCUUGAUGGCAGCAUGACUCCAGCGCAACGUCAGAACUCAAUCGAGUAUUUCAUGAAAAAUGUGGACGUUGAGGUAUUCCUCGUCUCUCUCAAAGCAGGUGGUGUAGCUCUGAAUUUGACGGAAGCCUCUCGAGUCUUCAUCGUGGAUCCAUGGUGGAACCCUGCAGCUGAAUGGCAGAGUGCAGACCGUUGCCAUCGCAUCGGCCAAAGACGCCCCUGCGUGAUCACAAGACUGUGCAUCGAGGAUUCUGUCGAGUCUCGGAUGGUGUUGUUGCAGGAGAAGAAAGCAAACAUGAUCAAUGGAACGAUCAACAAGGACCAAGGCGAGGCCUUGGAGAAGUUGACUCCGGAAGACAUGCAGUUCUUAUUCCGGGGAUCUUAG